UGGAGGAUCCGAACGAAUUAAUACAUCAUGAGCAAAGCAACCAUUUCAAUGAGUAGAAGUGCAUCAGAAAACAAUGGCGCCGGUGAUGAGACCGGAAGGAAUAAUCAAUCUUCAAAGCUAAAGCUUUUCGGUUUCCCAGUUGCAGCAGCUCCUUGUGACAACAGGAGAUUCGAGUGCCAAUAUUGUCACCGAGGAUUUCCCAAUUCUCAAGCUUUGGGUGGCCAUCAGAACGCCCACAAAAGAGAGCGACGGGCAAAACUGGCCUCUUCCUUCACUGCUCAUCAUCAUCAACUGUUUGUGACCACUGGCCAUGUUAUCACUGCGCAUUCAUUUCGAUCAAGGCCGUCGCUUUAUGCCAGAUCAGGGUUCACAAACUUGAGCCCAAGUGAUGAACAUGCGGUUGUCUUCCGGGGUCCCUCACCAUCGUGUACGCCUAUAAUUCUAAGGGGUCCUCGUCCUUUGCACGUUGUCGGGGCGCAACCCAGUGAUGGACCUUUCCUAGUAGUACAAACUGAAGUUGGCGUGGGGUCUACGUUGGAUUCAUUAGUAGCUGCGGAUGUAAAUGAAGAAGGUAACAUCGAUCUCCGUUUGCGGCUAGCACCAUCUGGUACUGCCUCCACAUGAUCCACCGCUCCCGGCCUAACUCAACAAUCUAUAAUUGCAGUUGCGACCUGAUCUUAUGCUCCUUAUGAUUUUAGCUCUCUAUCCUUCACAUAUGCAUCCUAAUAGACUAUAAUAAUCUAAUUAUAAGCUUAAACUACUAAAA